AUGCCUGUCCCUCUACUUGCCCUUCAAACUGCUCAAACGCAUUCACAUGGGAGUAUGCUCGCCCUCAAUCAGGUUGUUGUCACCUGUGGACAUUUGGGCACACCACUGCAAUGCGCCGCCAGGUCCAUGGUGGCGGAUCACGACAAGGCGUAUGUGGCCACCUCGGCACAGAAAAGUGUGCGUCAGAUCAUCAUCCUCUACGUGGGCUCCACCAUCUCUGCGGUGGGAAUUCUUGGAAGCCUUAUUUGCCUCUACAUAUUCUUCCGACAUCGUCUAGCAAUUUCUACCACACAUUACCUCCUUGUGGCUAGAUCUCUGACUGAUUUGUUGUACCUGUCUCUGGAAGCUAUCAUUCAUCAUCCCGCCUUCAUUGUGGGCAACAGAAAUGGAACUCACCUUGGCUGCUACAUCUUCUUGGGGGUCCUUCGAAGCGGCAUUCACCUGAGUCAGCUGCUGCGAAAUUGGAUUAUUGUUUGUUUGGGGUUUGAGAGGUACCUCCUUGUCUGCCAUCCAGUGUACUUUCGAACUCGAUGGAGGCUUAAACACAUUCACAUUCUCAUGACAGUCCUGGUGACCUCCUGUAUAACCAUUCGUACUCCCUACGUCCUCGCCUACAUAUUCGACAUCUGGGGCUCUGAAUGGUGUGGAGUGAGUGGUAUCGCAAUCGCUAUUCACACCAUUUUUGAUGUCAUCUUUGUGGCUCUGAUCCCUGUGCCUCUCCUUGCCUGCCUCUCAGCUACCAUCAUCAUAAAGUCCAACCGUCUGCAAGAAUGGAGGGCAAAGAUGGCUUUCAAACCAAAUUGUCAACACGCAAAAGCAAAGAAUGUCAAUCGAAAGGCGCAUCAAGCUAUCAUGGUGGUGGUUGUCUGCUUCACCCUGUUCACUGGUGCGUUCCUCCCGAAUGGACUUCUUCGCCUCCUUCAAUACAGUGGUGUAAACGCCGUAUGCAAGAUCCACUUCUACCGACAGAUCACGGCAGCUCUUGUCUUCCUGGGAAAUCUUUUAAAUUCCUCCAUGAACUUUUUUAUCUACAUGAUCUACUGGGCGAGGUUUCGAAAAGUUGUCAGCACGACGCUGGACUCCUGCUUCCAGUGUUUGAAGGGAUUGCAGGAGGGGCAAAAACAACAAAAACGACGACGCCGAAUAAACAGUGUGUUUUUUAUGCGCAGGAGUAGCCUAUUCAGGCUAUCCAUCUGUUCCACCCUUUCUAGAAGUGCUGCCAGCAAAGAAGAGAGUGGCGUUUGA